AUGACUCAGAUCGAUAACGAAAUUAAUAAAGAGAAAUAUGAAUGGCUUUGCGACACGAAAUUAUUAUCCAAACGACCGGCAGAGAAUGUCCUUCUUGGGCAUUUCAAAACCCUUUAUCGAGUUCGAAAUUCUCAGUUGGAACCAGAUGACCCCGGAAAAGCUGUACCAAUACUAAGGCUGGUGUCAAGUUUCUCUAAAGUUAAACUGAACAAGAUAAAGGAGAAACAAUUAAAUGUUCUGAUUAAAAAAACUUCAUUACCGCCCAAAAUUUGA